AUGUUACAAGAUGAUGUGGCAAGUCCAAUGCUUACUUGCAUUUCUGUGGUUUAUAUACAUGAUGCAGCAUACUCAGACAGAGUAGUAACCUUAUUGGAAUUGAGAAUUGAUUCAGCUUUUUUUCUAACUGAAGUAAUGGUACAAGAUUUAGUACAGUUCCUACGUUUUGCAGAGAUGAUGCACCUCAAGAACCUGCCAAGCAAGACCCUUGUGUUCGUUUUCUCAUCCUCUCGAACCUUCCACCGUCCUCACUACUACCCCCACUACCCUUUGAAUCCGUUCAGAAGAUUCUCCUUCUCCCCCCCCAACGAUUCAAUUUUGAUCCCCCCCAAGAAGGCCCAUCUUUACGCUUCCUUCUUCUGCACCCUUAUUCGCCUCUACUUGGCUUGUGGGAGGUUCUGCAUUGCCACUCACACUUUCUAUCGCAUGCGUGCCCUUUCUCUCGUUCCCUCCUUGCCCCUGUGGAACGACCUUUUGUAUGAAUUCAAUACCUCUGGCUUGGUUUCUCAGGUAAAAGUGUUGUACUCUGAGAUGGUCUUUUGUGAGGUUGUGCCUAAUGUUUUCAGUGUUAAUGUGUUGGUUCAUUCGUUGUGUAAAGUGGGGGACUUGGGUUUGGCUUUAGGGUAUCUCAGGAACAACAGUAUUUUUGAUCAUGUUACUUAUAAUACCGUUCUUUGGGGAUUCUGUAAGCAUGGCUUGGCUGAUCAGGGUUUUGGGUUGAUGUCUGAAAUGGUUAAGAAGGGUCUGUGUUUUGAUUCAGUUACUUGUAAUAUACUUGUUAAGGGGUAUUGUCAGGUUGGAUUGGUUCAAUAUGCUGAGUGGAUUAUGGAUAACUUGGUUGGAGGGGGGGUUCCACUAGAUAUUAUAGGUUUGAACACCUUGGUUGAUGGCUAUUGUGAAGCGGGUUUGAUGAGUCGUGCGUUGGCAUUGGUGGAGGAUGCCUUGAAGAAUGGUGUCAAGCCUGAUAUUGUUACUUAUAAUAUUUUGCUUAAUGCAUUUUGUAAAAAGGGGGAUCUUGCGAAGGCGGAGUCUUUUAUCAAUGAGAUUUUGGCCUUUAAGAGGGGUGAGGAAUCUGGUGUGUUAAAUUAUUGUGGUGUUGAAAGUCAUGAAGAUAUAAGAGAUUUGCAGGCAACAGUUGUUACGUGGACAACCUUAAUUGCUGAGUACUGUAAGCAUCGUGGAAUUGGAGAAUUCCUUUCUCUGUAUGAGCAGAUGAUUAUGAAUGGAAUCAUGCCUGAUGUGGUUACUUGUAGUUCUAUUCUUUUUGGACUUUGCAGGCAUGGUAAAUUACCUGAAGCGGUUGUCUUACUGAGAGAGAUGUAUAAAAUGGAUUUAGAUCCUAAUCAUGUUUCAUACACUACUAUUACUGAUGCUUUAUUAAAGUCAGGGAGGGUAAUGGAGGCUUUUAAUUUUCAAAGUCAAAUGGUUGUUCGGGGUAUUUCUUUUGAUCUAGUUUUGUGUACAACUAUAAUGGAUGGACUUUUCAAAGUUGGGAAAUAUAAAGACGCCGAGGAAAUGUUCCAAAGUAUUUUAAAGCUCAAUCUUGUCCCAAAUUGUGUCACAUAUUCAGCAUUGCUAGAUGGUCAUUGUAAGUUAGGAGACAUGGAAUUUGCAGAGUUGGUGUUACAAAAAAUGGAGAAGGAACAUGUUCUUCCAAAUGUUAUUACCUUUUCUUCUAUUAUAAAUGGAUAUGCCAAAAAAGGAAUGCUAAAUAAAGCAAUUGAUGUAUUAAGGAAGAUGGUCCAAAUGAAUAUUAUGCCAAAUGCUUAUGUUUUUGCUAUUUUGAUGGAUGGAUGUUUUAGGGCAAGUCAACCAGAGGCUGCUGCUGAUUUUUAUAAAGAAAUGGAAUCAUGGGGAUUGGAGGACAAUAAUAUCAUAUUAGAUAUUUUGUUGAACAAUUUGAAAAGAUCUGGAAGCAUGAAGGAAGCUCAAUCAUUAAUUAAAGAUAGUUGCUCCAAGGGUAUUGACCCAGAUGUUUUUAACUACACAUCUUUGAUAGAUGGUUACUUUAAAGAAGGAAACGAGGCCGCAGCUCUUUCCAUAGUACAGGAAAUGACGGAGAAAAACAUUCAGUUUGAUGUUGUUGCUUACAAUGCUUUGAUUAAGGGGUUUUUGAGGCCAGGGAAAUAUGAACCAAAAUCUGUGUUUUCAAGAAUGAUGGAGUUGGGUCUGACUCCAGAUUGUGUUACAUAUAACUCUGUGAUUAACACAUACUUCAUACAAGGUAAAACAGAAAAUGCUCUGGAUCUACUGAAUGAGAUGAAGAGCUAUGGGGUAAUGCCAAAUAUGGUCACUUAUAAUAUUCUUAUUGGUGGUCUUUGUAAAACUGGCGCAAUUGAAAAAGCAAUGGAUGUUUUGAGUGAAAUGUUGCUUAUGGGGUAUACUCCUACGCCAAUUAUUCACAAAUUUCUGCUUAAAGCAUAUUCAAGGAGUAGAAAAGCAGAUGCAAUUUUGCAAAUUCACAAGAAGCUUUUGGCUAUGGGCCUCAAGCUUGACCAGACAGUGUAUAACACUCUAAUCACUGUAUUAUGCAGAUUAGGGAUGACUAAAAAAGCAAAUGUGGUGCUUAGGGAAAUGAUGACAAAAGGAAUUUCAGCUGACAUUGUUACUUAUAAUGCCCUUAUAUAUGGUUACUGUACAGGCAGUCAUGUGGAGAAAGCUACUGAUACUUAUUCACAGAUGUUGGUGGAUGGAAUAUCUCCAAAUAUUUCUACUUACAAUGCCCUUUUAGAUGGUCUUUCAACUGCUGGUUUGAUGAGAGAUGCUGAUAACUUAAUUAGUGAGAUGAAGGAAAGAGGACUUGUCCCAAAUGCCACUACUUAUAACAUAUUGGUUUCUGGCCAUGGUAGGGUUGGAAAUAAACGGGACUCUAUAAAACUUUACUGUGAAAUGGUAACGACAGGUUUUAUUCCCACAACAGGAACCUAUAAUGUGCUUAUUCAAGAUUACGCAAAAGCAGGAAAGAUGCACCAAGCUAGAGAACUUUUGAACGAGAUGUUGACAAGAGGAAGAAUUCCUAAUUCUUCAACAUUUGACAUUCUGAUCUGUGGAUGGUGCAAAUUAUCCUGUCAGCCAGAGAUGGACAGGGCACUUAAACUGUCAUAUAAAAAUGAGGCAAAAAAAUUGUUGAGAGAUAUGUGUGAAAAAGGACAUGUGCCAUCUGAGAGCACUCUCUUAUAUAUCAGUUCAAAUUUUUCUAUGCCGGGAAAAAGGGCUGAUGCCAAGAGGUUGUUGAAGUCUUUCAUCGCCCAAAGUAUGGCUUCUUUUGUUGUUCUGGGGAAGAGACUAAGCGAGCAGAGUGAUAUUUCCAAUGUAGUUCUUUAG